AUUUUGCUGAACAAGGUCCUCAAGCUUGCCGGGAGCGCAAGACACGAGUGUCCGCGCGGAGGAGCUGCGUCAGUCCUCGCUACGUAGCCAGCGGACCGCCGAGGAAAAAAUCGCCGCCGCGCCGAACCGCAACCACAUGCUCGCGAGGAGAGGCGCCGCGGCCCUCGCGCGGCGCGGCCCGCGGGCGCGCCGCCUCAGCAACUUCCACCCCUUGGCCCAGCACGUCGACCGGCCCGACAAUAAGGUGGAGACGCCCUUCGAUUUCACGCCGGAGAACCACAUCCGGGCGGAGCACAUCCUGGGCAAGUACCCGGCCAACUACCGCGCGUCGGGCAUCAUACCUUUGCUGGAUUUGGCCCAGAGACAGCACGGCGGCUGGCUGCCCGUAGCUGCGAUGGAUAAAGUCGCGGCGCUGGUCGGCGUCGCGCCGAUGCGCGUCUACGAGGUGGCGACGUUCUACACCAUGUUCAACCGCGAGCCCGUGGGCAAGUACUUCAUUCAGCUUUGUGGUACCACCCCGUGCAUGGUUUGUGGCAGCGAAGCCAUAAAGAAGGCCAUCGAGGACCACCUGGGCAUCCAGGAGGGCGAAACCACAAAGGACGGUCUGUUCACGCUGAGGGAAGUGGAGUGUCUCGGGGCUUGUGCGAACGCCCCCAUGGUCCAGAUGAACGACGACUACUACGAGUGCCUCACGCCCAAGAGCGUCGUGGAAUUACUGGAGGCGUGCAAGCGCGGCGAGAAGCACGAGAUGGGCCGCUGGGGGUCGCUGCCCAUGAACGGCCAGGUGUCCUGCGAGGGCCCGCGCGGCAAAACCAGUUUAGGAAACGGGCCGCCGGCGCCCUACGCCAUGCGGGAGGACCUAAAGGGCGAGGUCGAUCCCGCGUCGGUCAAGGCGCACAUGGGCUACUAAGAUUCUCUGUAUAU